CCAAUCAACAAUAACUCGUUAGCAAUCGCUUUCUUUUUCUUGCUGCCUGAGUUGGCUUUUCCCCCUUGCAGUGACUCGCCCCCUCCAGUCUGUUACUUCCUAAAGAUCUACAUGGUGCUUGGCAGAGAACCGCAACUCUCCAAGGGGAAUACAGUCCGGCUGCCUUUUUAACUACGCCCGAAGCAUGGUUAUUUUGGAGGAAAUGCGUCAGGCGAGCUAAGUUGCGGCAUUCGGCUUUAAGUGUGAAAAUAUACCGGGGGUCUGCGAGAACUGCGAGCACCGGAGGAAACGCUUUUGGACGCUUGAAUGAAAUAAUCAAGUUUGGUGGGAAGCAGCGAUUCUUCGGGACUGCGAUGACCUCCAGUAAAGACAUGAAGGCAGGUUCUGUGUUGCAGUCUAGCGGCGAGGACCGGAGACGGGCUCCGCUGGACCAGCUGCCACCGCCGGCCAACUCCAACAAGCCCUUGACGCCGUUCAGCAUUGAGGAUAUUCUCAACAAACCCUCGGUAAAGAAGUCGGUCGCCAGUAUCUGUCCGCCGAGGGUGCUGGAAAAAGUCGCGAGCUCCAAUUCGGCGAGGAACGGGAUCACCACUCCCUCCUCGCCGCUGUGCGCGCUGGAGGAGCUGGCCAGUAAAACGUUCAAGGGUCUGGAAGUCAGCGUGAUCCAGGCGGCAGAAGGUCGCGAGCAUCUCAACGCCUUUGGACAGAGACAGACGUCGAAAAAGAGGAGAAAGUCGCGGACGGCCUUCACGAAUCACCAGAUCUACGAACUGGAGAAGAGGUUUCUGUAUCAGAAGUACCUUUCUCCGGCCGACCGCGACCAGAUUGCGCAGCAGCUGGGUCUCUCCAACGCGCAGGUCAUCACCUGGUUCCAGAACCGCAGGGCCAAACUCAAACGGGACCUGGAGGAGAUGAAAGCGGACGUGGAGUCGUUAAAGAAAAUCACGCCCCAGACGCUGCAGAAGCUCGUCAGCAUGGAGAACAUUGAGGAGAGCCAGGGCGGGGGGUCCGACGCCAGGUCGCCCAGUGUGUCCCCGACCUCCCAAGGACACCGGGCCUUCCCUCAGUCCCCGUCCUCAUCCAGGGACCAAACCACGGAUGAGUUCUCGGAGGACGACGAGGAGAUCGAGGUGGAUGAUUGACAGUCAGGGGCCUGUGGUUUUCAUACAUAACAAAAAAUAUUAAAAAGGGGGCAUUUUUUUCUUCCCAAACUUUUGCACGGAUAUUGACAAAAACGGAGAAUAUGCACAGUUCUAAACCUUUCAGGAAGGUUGUUUUUGGACGCAUCCUCCUCUUUUUUCAAUUUUAAUUUAUUAAUCGGACCUGUAAAGCCUUCCAAGCCUGUCGUUUAUGUUCCACCAUGAUAUUGGAGGAAUAUUUGGUUUCCUCACAGACAGUCAGACACUCUCAAACUGUAAUGGUACAGGGGGACUGAAACUGUGUAAACAUUUUGAUGUUUCAGUGUUGUUUUCAAAGGAAGGGGUGGAGGCGUUGUGCAAUUAUUUUUCUCUGACAUUUGCAUUCUUCUGUUUAAGGAAUCGGAUCUGCCAAAUAUUUAAAUGACCCCCUCCUCUUCUCCGUGUUUUAUUGUUUGUUUUUUUACACGCACAGCUGGGUUUCGACGUGUCGGUCCACCCCACGUCAAGUGUAAAACCAUUUUUCGUCCUCUGCACGGCCUGUUGGCAGCGCGAACGGACGGAGGCGUCAGAGCAACUGCAAACUUUUACAGUUGUGUAUAUAGAUCAAACACACUAUGCGAUAAUUUUAUUGUAACAUUCUAUUUAAUCAGCAUCUAUGUAAAUAAAGGUUAUAUGAUAUUUCAAGA